AUGGCUCCCUCCGUCCCCGCUGAAGGCCCUAACGCCGCCGCCGCCCACAUGGUCCCCUAUGGCAACUACGACUCCUUCCCCAAGAUUCCCUUCCCCGAGUGGAACGGCUCCAAGUCCGUCAUGUACCGCUCUGCUGAUGGCAAGCGUGCUGCUGGUAUUUUCCGCGAGACUGAGAGCGCAAAGACGACCUAUCCCUGCGACGAAUUCACCUAUGUCAAGGCUGGUUGGGUCAAGGCCGAGGUUGAGGGCGAAGACACUUUCACUCUGUAUGAGGGUGACUGCGUCUACUUCACAAAGGGCACCACUGUCACUUUCUCCUCCAGCGAAGACUACUGCAACGUUUCCUGCUUCUUUGCCCAUGAGGGUGAUGGACCUGUCUCUCUUGUUUAA